AUGCGCUGGUGGUCCAUCCAAGCCACAGCGUGCUCCUGUCAAGUGUGUGUGCGUCUUGAAUCAUAAUACCAUGGAUCUCUCUUAUCAAGCCAUCAGAACUGCGAAUCAAGCCAGAGAGGUGGAAGAACUCAGAACAGAAACACGGCGGAGAAAUUUGCUUGUUUUGAUUUAUCAUCAUUUAAUGGAGGAGGGGUAUAUGGAUUCAGCGAAGGCCUUAGAAAAAGAAAGCAGUUUUGGUUUAUGCCGUUUUGAAGUGUGUGAUAAUGUUGACCUGGAGACAGUUCUUAUGGAGUAUGAAAGUUAUUACUUCAUAAAGUUUCAGAAAUAUCCAAAACUAACAAAGAAACUGGCAGAACAAGGAGAGAAUCGUCGUAUAAAGAGUUGUGGUAAAAGAAGUCACACGCUUCCAAGAAUCAAUUCCAUCCAGCGACCUUCAUCCAGAAAUACCGUAAAGAAGUCUGAAUCCAAACUAACUGGAAGAGACUUUAGUAAAUCCAGUGACGGGGACCGGCUGACGUCUGCAGACACAUUAGGCUUUGGUCUGAAUGUGUCUCCUAUCAUCAGGAACGGGGCAGAAGAGGGAACGCACAUGAGAAAGAUCGAUUACAGGAAUCUGAUUCAAGAUGCAGUUAGAGGUGCUGCUAAUGACACAUUGCACAAUGCAGAUUUUACGGAACAGGAGCGCUUGCUGAAACCAGUUAGUGCCCUCAUUGGAAUGAACAGCGACAUGAAGGAACUUGCAGCUGUUAUAAGCAGAGAUAUCUAUUUACACAACCCCAACGUGCGCUGGGACGACAUUAUAGGGCUGGAGGCUGCCAAGCGAUUAGUCAAAGAAGCUGUCGUCUACCCCAUUAAGUAUCCUCAACUGUUUACUGGAAUCCUGUCGCCAUGGAAGGGCUUGCUCCUGUAUGGACCGCCAGGCACUGGAAAAACGAUGCUGGCCAAAGCUGUAGCUACAGAGUGUAACACAACUUUUUUCAACAUUUCUGCAUCCAGUAUUGUGAGCAAAUGGAGGGGAGACUCUGAGAAGCUGGUUCGGGUUUUGUUUGAGCUGGCAAGAUAUCACGCCCCAUCCACCAUUUUCUUGGAUGAGCUGGAAUCAGUGAUGAGCCAGCGAGGGGUUGGCCAAGGAGGUGAUCAUGAGGGCAGUAGAAGAAUGAAAACUGAAUUACUUGUUCAGAUGGAUGGACUGGCUCGAUCAAAUGAUCUUGUAUUUGUGCUUGCUGCCUCAAACUUACCUUGGGAGUUGGACCAUGCCAUGCUUAGAAGACUGGAGAAACGGAUACUGGUGAGUCUCCCAUCUGCCCCUGCCAGACAAGCCAUGAUCAGUCAUUGGCUUCCUCCAGUCAGUAACACAGGUGGUGUGGAGCUGCGGACAGAGCUGGAUUAUGACUCGCUGGCACAGGUAUCAGGAGACGGGAGGUUACUCUGGGUCAGAUAUCAGGUUGGUCUGUAAGGAGGCAGCUAUGAGACCUGUGCGCAAAAUAUUUGACGCCCUUGAAAACCACAUUGAAGGUCAGUCCAAUAUGCCGGUUAUUGAACUAGAAACUGUGACCACAGCAGAUUUCCUGGACGUGAUUGUUCACACCAAACCAUCAGCCAGAUGUCUGAUGGAUAGAUACACAGCCUGGGAGAAAGAGUAUGAGUCUGUCUGAAACAUCAGCUAGGCACGAAACCAGUGGCGUUGCGAGGGAGGGGCUUUGGGGGCUUAAGCCCAUGAUGUAGUGUCAAAAGCAUAAAUAAAAAAAGCAUAAA